AUGACGCCCACUGCUUACCCGACCAGACCCAGAACUCACGCCCUGCCGGACGCGAACAUCCUGACCAUGAGCGAGACCCUCGAGGCAGCGCAACGCAUGGCCGAGUCCGUCACCUGCCCCGUCGUCGCGGACUGCGCCAACGGGUUCGGCAACGCGAUCAACGUGAUGCGCACCGUCACCCAAUGCGAGCGCGCGGGCUUAGCAGGGGCCGCCGUGGAAGCGCGGACAGAUCCCGACUUCGUGGUCAUCGCCCGCACGGAGGCGUUCAUUGCUGGGCGGACAAAGCGCGAAGCCCUGGAGCGCGCGCGGGCGUACGCAGACGCGGGCGCCGAGGCCGUGCUCGUGCAUUCCAAGUCGGACUCGUUCGAGGAGUUGAGGGAGUUCGCCGCGGCGUGGGACCGCUCGUCGUCUUGUGUGCUUGUUGCGGUUCCAACGACUUAUGAGGGUAUCUCGGCGAGUGUGCUGUUUGAUACCGGGUUUAAAGUGGUUAUCUUCGCGAAUCAGGCGCUUCGAGCUGCGGUGAGGGCUAUGCAGGAUGCGAUGGUGGUGCUUCGGAGAGAGGUGCGUCCGGCUGCUGUGCGGGACUCGAUUGCGUCGUUGUCGGAGAUUUAUGGGCUUGUUGGGAUUAAUGAGCUGAGGGAAAGCGAGGAGCGAUUUCUACCGCGGCCUGCCUCUUCCCCAGUAACGAAUUGCGACGAGAACAAUCAUCAUGAGGAGCCGGCAGGCGAUAAGAGACAGGUGAUUUUAAAGCUUUGA